AUGCAGAUAGGGGAUCCAUUUGCUACCACCAUGUUGUACUACGCAGGAUUGACCGCUUUCAGGAGGUGGACCCGUCAGCAGCAGCAGCAGCAGCAGCAGCAGCAUCAGCUGGUGGCAAGGGCCGGAAUUCCGGUCGGCAACGAUCUCCGGCGAACCUCCUCCGAUUCAGCUCUCUUCUCUGAUUCAUUCAGCUCCCUCAACAGUUUCAGUGAUGAUGAUCAUUUGAGCAUUCCAAUUCCCUACAACUCUUCCUACAGCAACCCUUCCACCCCUACCUCCAAUGCCCGCCACCCUUUCAAUGAUGAUGAAGAAUCACCACUUUUCAUCAACAUCAACAGCAACAAUUCCGAUUCAUCCGGUGAAUCGAAAACCGAUGUGGGAUUAGGCCUCCUGAACACUUUUCAGGUUCAUGAUAAUGAUGCGGUGGCCAGAACUAUGGCACCGUUUUCUCAUCAAAGGGGCAUACUUUUAGGCCACCAAGUUCUCAAGCUCGCUUCAAAAACUCCCAUCAGGGUGACACCAAAAAUCAUAACGGAUCUCGAAAACCCGAUCCAUUGCAUCCACCGCGAGAUUCAUCCUGAUGGCGAAAUGGUUACCCGAAUCAGGCAAAACUGGCCCUGCAUUUUUGCUCCCGUGAUGGAACCCGCCUCGCCGCCGCCGAUUCGCUACUCAAAUAUGGUUGUUCAGCCUGAUUCUGUGCAGCUUUCUGAUUGCAGGAGCCAUGCCAUUGUCAACCCUGAGGGAACUGUGGCUUAUUUCCGUCCUUUGACUUUUUGCAGUGUUCACAAAAAUGCAGGUUAUCUCAGGCUGGAAGAUGUUGAGAAGAGCGAAAACUAUACCCGGGUUGAGGCUAUUUAUUUGGCCAAAGUUACUCACAGGUUUAAUAGCUGUGUCCUGGAAUUCCCGCCUGCUGAGAAGCUGAUUUUUUUCAAGAAGGACAAGGACUUGAGGGAUCUUGAUGAAGAGCAUCAAAAGGCCCGCCUUAAUAAGAAUUCUCCUAAUGCUGAUAAUGAUUCAAAGGUUCCUAAACCUCCAGCUCCUAAGAAGAAGAUGGAAGAAGAUGAUAAUCAUGAGGAUGAAGCUGGUCCAAGCUCCAGGGCUAAACCCCAACUGAAGCUCUGUGAAGAGUGUGGCAAAUGUAUUGAUGAUCUUGAUUGGUUCCUUUACAGGAGUCUAGUGUUUUGCAGCGAGGAUUGCCGGUAUUCCAAUACAAAGGAUUCAGUUCUUUUAAGCAACUCCGUUGUGGUGGUUGAAAAUGGUGGGAAUCCCAGAAGCCCUAAAAAUAAUGGUGGUCGGAAUCGUAGAGCUGCGACCAACGGUGGUAAUAACGCUAGAGGUGUUGUUUCUAGUGGUGGAAGUGGUAAUCCCAGAGCUCCUAACAACAAUGGUAAUGCUAGAGUCACUGUUAAUGGUGGUGGUGCUGGGGGUAACUCUAGAGGUUCUAACAAUCGUGGUAAUGCUAGAGGCAUUGUUACCGGUGGUGGACAUGGUGGUAUUCCGAGAGGUCCUAACAACAGUGGUGGUAAUGCUAGAGACGUCGUCGCUAAUGUUAGUGGCGGCGGUUACCCUAGAGGUCCUAACAAUGGUCGUAAUGCUAGGGGGAUCGUGAUUGUUAGUAGUGAUUACGCUAGAGGACGUGGUGGUGAUCAGAAUCAAAACCCCAAUCAGGCAACUCAAGCAACUUCUUCUUCAAGCAAGAAUGACAAGGGGAAAGGCAUUCUCUACAUCGGUUGA